GGGGUGGUUUUCCCGGGGCAGGCGGUGAGGGAGGAGCCGAGUCCGCCUGCCCAUCCUUCUGUCCCUCACUCCGUCCAUCCGUCUGUCCGUUCCCCGGCGCGGUGGGGCGUGGUCAAUGGAUGAAGCCACGCCCACCCACCCGCCCAUCACCGGCCGUGGCCCCGCCCCAACGGUCGCCCCGCGGGGUGACGCGCGCGCGGCGCAGCCAAUCAGAACAGAGCGUGGUUUUCAAACGGGCGGCGCGCGGGCGGCGGCGGGCCCGGACCGGGAACCGAGACCGAGAUCGAGACCGAGACCGAGACCAGCCUCCACCCAGCGGGCCCGGAGCGCAGACGGGAGCGGGGCCGAGAGCUGCCGUAGUCGAGGCCGAGGCCGGGCCCGGGAGCGCUGCCGGGCCAUGCAGCGCGCCAGGACCCCCGCCGCGCAGAAGCAGCCCCGGCGCACCCCGCUGCAGGAGCUGAAGCUGCAGUCGGGCGCCGACCGGACCAGCCUGACCCCCCUGCUCCGCCGGCUGCGGCUCAAGGACCAUGACUGUGCCACCCCAGUGUCCUGUGCCCGGGGCCCCCGCAGCAGCAUCACCACGGUGCCUUGCACCCCAGGAGCCCCGCGAAGUGCCACCAUGGGCCCCCCCAGCAGCACCGCCCCAGGGCCCUGCACCCUGGAGCCCCCCAGCAGCACCACUGUGGAGUCCCCCAGGACCUCCACCCAUGACCUCGGGACUCCCAUCCUUAACCCUGGUGCCUCUGAGGCUCCCAGCAACGCCAUCCUUGUACCUGGUGCUUUGGAGACCUCCAGCAGCACCAGCCCAGAGGCCCCUGGCAGUCCUGUCCCAGUGUCCAGCAUGCCAGAGCUCCCUGAUGACACCGUGUCAGCCCCUGUCAGCUGUCCAGUCCUGGGACCCAGCACUCAGGAACCCUCUAGCAGCACCGUGCCAGUCUCUGUGUGCAGCUCCAUCCCAGUGCCCAGCACUCAGGAACCCUCUAGCAGCACUGUGCCAGCCUCUGUGUGCAGCUCCAUCCCAGUGCCCAGCACACAGGAACCCUCCAGCAGCACUGUGCCAGUCUCUGUGUGCAGUUCCAUCCCUCUGCCCAGCAUCCCAGAGUGCUCCAGCUCCAUCCGGGUGCCUAGCACCCCAGAGCCCUCUAGCAGCAUCAUUCCAGUCUCCCUGUGCAGUUCCAUCCCUGUGUCUGGCACCCCUGUGCCUGGCACCCCAGAGCCCUCCAGCAGCACAAUUCCAGUUCCUCUGUGCAGCUCCAUCCUAGGAUCCAGCACCCCGGAGUGCUCCAGCAGCACCAUUCCAGUUCCCCUGUGCAGCUCCAUCCUAGGAUCCAGUAUCCCAGAGCCCUCCAGCAGCACUGUGCCAGCCUCUGUGUGCAGUUCCAUCCCUGUGCCCAGCACCCCAGAGCGCUCCAGCAGCACCAUUGCAGUUCCCCUGUGCAGCUCCAUCCUAGGAUCCAGCACCCCAGAGUGCCCUGGCCACACAGUGCCAGUGUCCCCGUGCAGCUCCAUCCCAGUGGGCAGCAUCUUGGAGUCCCCUGGCAGCACCAUGUGCAGCCUUGUCCUGGGGCCCUGCGCUCUGGAAUCCCCUGGCAGCACCACCCCAGGGCUCCCCAGCAUUAUUAGCUCGGUGUCUUGCAACCCAAAGUCUCCAGGCAGCUCUGCUCUACCCCCCUGCAGUGCUGGGUCCCCUGGCAAUGCCAGCACAGCCGCCUGCACCCCAGGGCCCCCUGGCACCACCUCCACUCCGCAGAAGACUCCUUUCCGCAGGUGGCGAGCAGCACCUCCAGACUUUUCCUGCAGCUCUGUGGCCUCUGAGCCCCCAUCUGCAAAUGGGAGUGCUGAUCAUCUGCAUUGCCAAGGCACCCCUGAGGGAGCCGAGUUCCCCGUCCCUGUCCCCCCAGAACAGAGCCCACCUGGCCUCCCUCCCAUUGAGGCAAGUGGGUUGGAGCCUGCUGGGUCAGAAGCCACUGUCACCCCUGUCACCUCGCCUGAAUCAACCCUGGGUGCUGUGUCCUGGAUGUUACCACUGGUGUGGCUGGAGAAGACCCUCAACACCUCGUUCCUGGUGGAAUCCCUGCGGCACAGCCUGCCCCUCCGCAAGGUACAGCAGGAUGCCAGCAGCAGUGUCACCCCCGUGCCCACUGCAGUCGCCAGCACCAGCACGACCCCAGUGCCAACUGUGGUCGCUGGCACCAGCACGACCCCAGUGCCAACUGUGGUCACUGGCACCAGCACGACCCCAGUGCCAACUGUGGUCGCCGGCACCAGCAUAACCCCUGUGUCCACUGUGGUCGCUGGCACCAGCACGACCCCAGUGCCCACUGUGGUCGCUGGCACCAGGAUGACCCCAGUGCCAACUGUGGUCACUGGCACCAGCAUGACCCCAGUGCCAACUGUGGUCACUGGCACCAGCACGACCCCAGUGCCAACUGUGGUUGCUGGCACCAGCAUGACCUCAGUGCCAACUGUGGUUGCUGGCACCAGCACGAGUCCAGUGCCAACUGUGGUUGCUGGCACCAGCAUGACACCAGUGCCCACCACAGCCAUUGGAACCAGCAUGACCCCAGUGCCCUCUAUGGCCACGGGCACCAGCAUGACCCCGGUGCUCUCCGUGGCCACCGGCACCUUCAUGACACCUCGGGACGUGUGGGAGAGGAGCAUGAACACAUCCAGGGGAAGCCUCCCCUGUGCCAAGGACAGCGCUGCGGAAACAGACUCCCUGCUCUGGCACUGUCCCCGGGAGCAGCUGAAGACCCUGCCACGGGCAGAGCUGGAGGGGAGGCUGGAGAGCACCCUCAUCAUCAUCGAAGCCCUCUCGCUGCAGCUGCGUGACUGGCAGGAGAGCCAGCGGCUGCGGCCUGGCGUGGGGCCGGCCAGGCAGAGGGACGCGCUCACACAGACUGACGCCACCGACCCCGAAGGGAGCACCUGGAGCAGCCAGAGCCUCCUGUUCCGGGGCCUCGCGGAUGCCGCUUUUCGGAGCUUGCAGGAUGUGCAGGGAGCCCUCGUGCAGGAGCAGGAGCAGGAGAGGACCCUGGUGUCCCAGUGCCAGGCUGUGCCUGAGAGUGCUCCCAGCAAGGUACAGAGCUGCCAGGGAGAGCAGGAUGCCAUCAGGCAGCGAGUGGAUGAAGCCCUACAAGCCAAGGACCAGGGAUAUCUCUUCCUGGAGGCUUUCUGUGCCCACGCCAGCGCCCAGAUCAGUGCCCGUGACCAGAGCCUGGCCUCCCAGCAAGAGCUGAGCAUGCUGCUGGCCCAAGCCAUCGACCUGCAGGCAUCCCUGUCUGCUGAGACACAGUCUUUCCGGGAAUUCUUAGAUGCCACCUUUGAAAAUCUGGAGAAGGAAAGGAGGGCCCUGGAUGAGGAGCGGGAGCAGAUGAGGGCCCUGGUGUCCCAGUCCUGUGCCCUGUUGGAGCGUGUGCCUGGCAAGCUGCAGAGCUGCCUGGAGGAGCUGGCUGCCACACGGGAACGAGCAGAGGAAGCUCUUCAAGCCAAGGAGGAGGCAUCCUGCCAGCUGCAUGAGACCUUGGUGACCCUGCAGGCCACACAGGCUCAGCUGGAGCAGAUGACAGUGGCCAACUCCCGCCUGGGCAAAGACCUGAGCUCCGUGAUGAUAAAUCUGGCCAGCAUGGAGCAGGAGCGGGAUGUGCUGCAGCAGGAGAACGAGAAGCAAUGCGAGGAGAUGGCCCAGCUGGCACAGGAGAGGAACACCCUGCAGCAGGAUUGCAAGGGGCUGUGCCAGGAGCUGCAGGAGGCCACCGAGUGCCGGGAGUUCCUGGAUCAGGAGAACCAAAUGUGCCGCACGCAGCUGCUGGAGGUGGAGGGCAGGCUGAACUCCACGCUGGCCAGGCUGCAGGAGUGUGUCCUGCAGCACGAUGAGCUGAUGGAGUCCCACCAACGCCUGCGGGAAGAGAAGGCUGCCCUCAGCAAGGAGCUGGACAGCACCAAGGCCGAGCUCCUCAGCUUGCAGACAAAGAGGAACAAAGUUUCUUGGUGCUCCACGGACAUUAUGGAGAGCAAGAUGCGGUUGCAGGAGCUCGCUGACUGCCUCAAGGCUGCUCUGGAAGAGCAGGAUGAUGAUGAUGCUCCAUCGAGAAGCAAAGCCUGGACCCCGGGUCCCCGGGCCUCGGUCUGGCAGACCCCACGCCGUGCCUGGACCCCGGCCAUCCGCACCCCGGCCUUCCACACCCCGGCCUUCCACACCCCACACCGCGCCGGCAGCUCCUUCGUGGGCAGCGUCCUGAAAGCUGUGGCAGGGAAAGAUGCCAGUGAAACCACCAGAAGUGGGAGUAAAGUUGCCAAGGACAAACUUGCAUCCAUGUCAAAGGCAAUAGAUCCUGAGGACACUCUGCUGGAGAGUGUGAAGGAGCUGAGAGCUGUGGUCUCCAGCCUUACCAUGCUGAGCUCCCGCAUCCAGGAACUGGAGCAGAGCGAGUUCAGGGCACUGCAGACAGAGAUCUCUGAGCUGCAGCUCCGCCUGGAGACAGUGACAGCUGAGAGCCAGGAGAAGGUGGAUGCCCAAGCUGCCACCAUUGCCAAGCUGAACAAGGCACUGAGGACCAAGCUUGAGAAUGAGAAGGAGCUGCAGGACGUGGUGAAACAGCAGGAAGAGAAGAUGUUGCAACUCAUCGACAAGAGUGGGGAAGUCAUGAGGCUGAAGGCAGAAGUCUCCGACCUGAAGCGCCUGCUCCAGCGUGCAGAGACAGAGGCCAAGGUGCUGUGGGAGGAGAUGAGGGGCAAGGAGGACCAGGUGGACACUGCCUACAUCCAGGAGCGGGUCAUGCUGCGGCGGGAGGUGGAUAAACUGCGGCUGCUGCUCGUGGAAAAAGAGAACGAGAACAUACGGCUCAAUGACAACUACCAGGAACAGGUCCGAGGGCUGGACAUGAAGCUCCAUCAUACCCAGAAAGUGCUGAGGACCCAUGAGGAGAUGCAGAAGAAGAUAAAAGAGGUCCUGUCGGCUGUCCCUGAGGUGGCUCUGGGUUGCCAGGAGCUCCAGAGCCUGCUGCACUACCUGGGCCUGAAGCCAGCCAGCAAGGAAGCUGCCGAGCCGCUAUAGCCUGUAGCCUGAAACCUUUCCUGUUUUUAAUGUUGUAAUUAUUUAUUGAAUAAAGUUGUGUUGGCUGU